AGCCAAUGACCUGCAAGCCUGGAAAAUUUUGCAGGGCAGUUUCACUGGCCGGCUUUGCGGAGCUGUGCCAUUUGAAUUUCAGCACAGACGUCCACACACUGUGCUCUCCAUUUCUGGCGUCUCUCCCAGCGCAGAGUUUAGCUGAGGCUCGGGUUUAGUUUUCCCUCCUCUCUCUCCCUGCAGUGACAGCUUCUCCGGGCUCUGCUAGCCAGGACUCCCAGGCGAUCAUGGAGGAUACUACUUUGCAAAUUAUCGAACCACCAACCGCCUCCGAGGCCUCUGAGGAGCAAGCGCCUGAAGAACCCAUCAAAUCAGACCAGAUCAAUGGUGUGAUGGUGCUGACCCUUCUGGACAAGAUCAUUGGAGCAGUGGAUCAGAUCCAGCUGACCCAAACACAGCUGGAGGAGAGACAGCAAGAGAUGGAUAGCGCAGUGACCAGCAUCCAGGGCGAGUUAACCAAGCUGACGAAGGCACACACCACCACCAGCAACACCGUCAACAAGAUGCUGGAAAAAGUGCGCAAGGUGAGCGUCAAUGUGAAAACCGUUCGGCAGAACCUGGAGAAGCAAGCUGGGCAGAUAAAGAAGCUGGAGGCCAACGAAGCGGAGCUCCUGAAACGCAGAAACUUCAAAGUCAUGAUCUAUCAGGAUGAAGUGAAGCUCCCGUCUAAACUGAGCAUCAGCAAGUCUCUGAAGGAGGGCGAAAAGCUAGAGAAGGAAGGUGAGGGCGAGGAGGUGCCAGUGGGUGAGGACCAUGCGGAGGAGGACCACGUCCAGCUCUCCUCGGAUGAAGAGGUGGAGAUUGAAGAGAUUAUUGAAGAGUCACGGGCAGAGCGCAUCAAAAGGAGCGGCAUGAAAAGAGUGGAUGACUUUAAAAAGGCAUUCUCAAAGGAGAAGAUGGAAAAAACUAAGCUAAAGACCAAGGAAAACCUGGAGAAGACCCGCCACAACUUGGAGAAGACCCGCCACAACCUGGAGAAGAGGAUGAACAAACUGGGCACCAAGAUUGUGACUAACGAGAGGAGAGAGAAGAUGAAGACCUCUCGGGACAAGCUGAGGAAGUCUUUCACCCCUGACCACACCAUCUAUGCCAGGUCCAAGACAGCCGUCUACAAAGUGCCACCCUUCACUUUCCAUGUCAAGAAAAUAAGAGAGGGCGAGGUGGAAGUGAAAGCUACGGAGCUGGUGGAGGUUGGCGGAGAGGAGGGAGAAAACUCGGAUCUGCUGCGUGGGGAGAGCCCCGACAUGCACACGCUGCUGGAGAUCACGGAGGAGUCCGACGCGGUACUGGUGGACAAGAGUGACAGCGAGUAGGACAGGCUGCAGCACGGAAGGGUUGCGGACGACGGCUGAACACGUAAUCAUUCACAUUUCGAGAUCUCUCUGCCCUGGUGCCCCAGGGGAAGUGUACACAAUGCAUCUUUACUACCCUGCAGAGCCGACGCCAAUCCCCUGCCUGCUUGGACAAGGUGUAUUUUAUAUUUUAGUUUUAGCACACAGAAACGUUAGGAACACGGGACUGUUUUUCUUACACUGUUAAAUCACCCUCGGAGAGCAUUCCUGCCGCAGGCUGCGCAAGAGCCUUCCAGCACCAGACCUGAAGACGGGGACCCGGCCCAGCUGGAGAGUGCUAAAACCAAGAUAACGGCUGUACACCUGGAAAGCUCAAGCGUCCUCCAUAAGCAAAGACCCGGUGUCAAGAAAGCUUCCUGCCAGGCAGCCCGCCGGACCCUGGUGCCAGCCCGCGUGGCCACCCCAGCAGGCAGGAGGGCUGCCGGCGCCCUUUCGGGGGAGCAGAGGAGCUGCCAUGCCCCCGGCCUGCGGGAGGGAAGAGCUGAGCGAGUCCUUUCGAUGGAGCCAGCAGCGUGGCAGGCGGCUCUGCUCCUCUCUGCCCUCCCGAGGACUGGGUUACCUGGCAGUGCCUGGCACGGCUUCGGCACAGAGCCAUCCUGCUGCCAGCACCGACGCCGGUGCCCGUGUACGCAUCACACCCCCGGGCCCGCUGCUCCUCCCCGCUGCGCUGGGGCCAUCGAUGUGACCACCCUGGGGCUGCGGCAGGUGCAGUGUGGGCCACAGGCUCCUCUGCCCGGGCUACUGAUCUGGCUCCUGGAGGCCUGGUGGCCAUGGGAACGUGCUGGCUGGGGCGGGGAGCACGGCGGAGGUGGGGGGGUGUGCUGGGUCUGGCCUCUCCACACUGCAGGGGUGAUGGCGAUGGGCAGCAGGGUACCGCUCCCUGACCAGGUUCCCGGAGGGAUGCGGGAUGCACGGAUGCCAUGCCAGGCCCUGGGCUUCACAGCGGCCCUGACACCGGCCCAGCGCAUCUCUCAGCCUCUCCCUCCCCAGGGCUCUUGCACGGCUCGGGCUUCGGCCACCCCCCGCGCUUUCCUCCCCGCAGCUUCACCCCCCCCAGCCCCCCGCGGGCACCACGGCGAGGGGGCACCGGGCCAGGCUCUGCCUUCCCCGGGCUCUCCCCGCGGCGGGGAGCUGCUCCCGCUGGCGUAACGAAUAUAUAAACACGCUUUUCCUCUAAGAUUUAUUUUUCUUCUUAUCGCCUGGUGCAUCCAGCCGGUCCUGGCUCCCCUGUCCCGGCGCCGCCGCCACCAGCCCCGCGACACCGGCGGCCCCGGGGCUCCCGGCGGGGCAGAGCCCGGCUCCGCGCCCCGGACAGCGGGCACCCCCACCCCCGGAACCUCCCGCGAGCGGUUUCCACGCGGGAAUUUCUCCCCGCGGAGUGACGGGGCCGGGGCGGCCGGUACCGAGGGCAGUGCGGUGCCGGGGCGGCGGGAGCCCGGACGAGCCCCCCCACCCACCCACCCGCGGCUGCGUCCCGGCGAGCGGCGCGACUAAUAAAGUCUCUUUUCUAAAG